AUGGAGGACACCCAAGAAGCUCUCCACAUCGUCGUGUUUCCAUGGCUGGCCUUCGGCCACAUGAUCCCAUUCCUGGAUCUCUCCAAGCGGCUGGCACGGCGCGGCCACGACGUCACCUUCGUCUCCACGCCGAGGAACGCGGCCAGGCUGGGCUCAGUCCCGCCGGAGCUCGCAGCGCGUCUACGCGUCAUCAAGCUGGACCUGCCGGAGGUCGAGGGAAUCCCCGAAGGCGCCGAGUCAACGGCCGACGUCCCGCCGGAGAAGGUCGAGCUCCUCAAGAAGGCGUUCGACGGUCUCGCCGCGCCGUUCGAGCGCCUCGUCGCCGAGGGCUGUGCUGCCGCCGCCGGCGAGGCCGAGGCGGCCGCGUUCUCGAGGAAGCCUGACUGGAUCAUCCUCGACUUCGCUCAAAGCUGGAUUUGGCCAAUCGCUGAAGAGCACAAGAUCGCGUGCGCCAUGUUGCUCAUCUUACCGGUAGGCUUCUUGGCCUACGUCGGCCCGAAGCAGCAAAACGAGGCGCAACCACGCACAACGACGGAGGACUUCAUGGUCCAGCCGCCGUGGAUACCGUUCCCGACCACCAUGUCCUUCCGCCGCCACGAGGCGGAGUGGAUCGCCGCCGCGUUCCGGCCCAACGCCUCCGGCGUGUCCAACGCGGACCGCUUCUGGCAGCUGCACCACACGAGCUGCCGCCUCAUCGUCCACCGCAGCUGCCCCGAGGCGGAGCCGCGUUUGUUCCCGCUCGUCACAGACCUCUUCGGCAAGCCCGUCGUCCCCGCGGGCCUCCUCAUGCCCGAGGACGAUGACGACGACGGCGCCCGGGGCGGUGACGACGACGGGUCCUUCUCUGACGCCGUGCGGUGGCUGGACAAGCAGCCCAAGCGGUCCGUCAUCUACGUGGCGCUCGGGAGCGAGGCGCCGGUGACGGCGGACCAGGUCCGUGAGCUGGCGCUCGGGCUGGAGCUCUCCGGCGCGCGCUUCCUCUGGGCGGUCCGGCGGCCUGUCGUCCACUCCGGCGCGCUGCUGCCGGACGGUUUCGAGGCCCGCGUGGCGGGGCGCGGGGUGGUGCGCGCCGGGUGGGUGCCGCAGAGCCUCUUCCGGUUCGGCCUCCCGCUGGUGAUGCUGCCGUUCAUAGCGGACCAGGGCCUCAUCGCGAGAGCCAUGGCGGCGAGCCGGGUCGGCAUCGAUGUGCCGAGGAACGACGCUGAUGGAUCGUUCCGUAGGGACGACGUCGCGGCGGCGGUGCGGCGUGUGAUGGCGGAGGAUGAGGGCGGGGUGCUCGCUCGCAAUGCCAGGGAGAUGCAGAGGGUGGUCGGCGACAGGGCAAAGCAAGAGCAGUACGUGCAUGAGCUUGUGGACUAUUUGCAGCGCUACAAAUAA